AUGAACAACGCACACCAACUCAAGUUUACGGAGGCGCGUCAUGAGUUUGAGUUGGGGUGUUGGAAUAAACUGAAGCAAACGAAUUGGUAUGCCUCCCUUCAGGCCCUGCUGCCUCCCCCCACUAAUACCCUAGGGGAAGCAAACCGUACUGAUUGGGCCGUCGCGGCAGCAGCACCAGCCGCAAACUCAGCAGCAGCAACAGCAGAUCCAGCGGCAGCAGCAGCAAACCCAGCAGCAGCAGCAGGAGCAGCAGCAGCAGCAGCACAGCUGCCUCCCCCUCUCAGCAGCAGCGGCGGCUUCACAGAACCUCCUGACCCUCCCUGUGCUGCUGGUACUGGCGAAGACAACGCAGCUCAGGUGUCUAGGCACCUUUUUAAGUUGUGGGGUUGCUGCACUAACCCCAACAGCAGCCUCCUCCACUCUGCUGAACCCAUUGACUUGCCUUCCCUCCCCUCCCCAGAACACCCUGCAGCAGCAGCAGCAGCAGCAGCAGCAGCAGCGGGCAACCUACCCGCGACUCCUGGAGCAGCACCAGCGGAACAUGCAGCAGACGAGCCUGCAGCUGCAGCAGCAGCAGCAACACCAACAAGGGAUGGAGGAAGGGGGUGUCUUGGUUGUUGCAGUUUGCAGCAAGAAGAGCCGAAGCCUCUCAUCAGAUCAGAAAGAGGAACUGCCUUAAGGAGAAAGGAGAGCAGCAGCAGCAGCAACAGCAGAAGCUGCGUCUGUUGCACCACCACUUGCUGCAGCAACACCAACUGCUGCUGCAGCAGCAGCAGCGGCAGCAGCAGCAGCAACAACAACAAGGGGAAAGGAGGCAGCAGUUUAUACCCCACUGGGUCGCCUGAUGAAGAAGGAGAGGCAAACAGAGCCAACGACAGAAAUGAAAUAAAAGCCAAGAAAACAGAAACAGAAAAAACACUCAACGCACCCACACCUACCUCUGCCUCCAGCAGCAGCAGCAGCAGCAGCAGCAGCAGCAACAGCAGCAACAGCGGGCGAGGGCGAUAUGUGGUGCAAGGAAGAAGCCGCGUAGCAUCAAACAGGCAGCAGCUGCAGCGGCAGUGCAGAGAAGAAAGAGAGAGAGGUAAAGACACAACAGCAGCUGCAGCAGCAGCAGAUGUGGGGUGGAAGCAGCAAACAGCGCGUUCAGCAAGACCAGACCCUUCGCAGCAAAUCCACAGCAGCAGCAGUCGUCAUUCUCAGAGGGUCCCUAUGCCUUUGUCUUUGAAGCAAGCGAACGCUGCUGCUGCUGCAGCAAACGCUGCUGCUACAGCAAACGCUGCUGCUGCAGCAAAUACACCCACCAGCUUUCAACCAGCCCCUCACGCAACACCAAGGCAGCAGCAGCAGCAGCAGCACCUUAUGCAGCAGCAACUCCACCAACAACAGCUGCUGCACCAACAGCAGCUGCAGCAGCAGCAGCUGGAGCAAAAGCAGCUGCACAGGCAGCAGCUGCAGCGGCAGCAGCUGGAGCAAAAGCAGCUGCAUAGGCAGCAGCAGCAGCAGCAACAGCAUCAGCCGCAACGGAUAGCUUCCCCUCCCCCCCUUACUCUCCCUAAACCUUCCCUCUACCCCUCAGACGCGCACCACAGGCAGUCACCUGAGCAGCAGCAGCAGCAGCAGCAAAAGCAACAACAACAGCAGCAGCAGCAGCAGCAGCAAGAACAAGUGACCCCACGCGCAUGGCCUGUCACGCUCGGCAGAUCACCCGUUAUAUUCAUGGGUGAAAUCCAGCAGCAGCAGCUACAACAGCAGCAACUACAGCAGCUACAGCAGCUACAACAGUUGCAACAGCUACAGCAGCAGCAGCAGCAACAGGUUGCCUUUGCUGCAAGUGAAAUACAGCAGCAAAGCAUGCUCCAGCAAACGCCCCCAGCCGUAUCACGACUGCUGCUGCCAAGCCCGAAGACGCCGCUGCUGCUGCUGCCUCCGUGUGCUUCAGCUUCGCAGCAGCAGCAGCAGCAACAGCUACAGCAGCAGCAGCUACAACAGCAGCAUCAGCUACUGCAGCACCAACAGCUAAUGCAGCAGCAACAGCUACUGCAGCAGUUACAGCUACAGCAGCAGCUACAGCAGCAGCACCAGCUACAGCAGCAGCACCAGCUACAGCAGCAGCAGCAACUACAGCAGCAGCAUCACUCAGCAAUGAUGCUGCAGCAACAACCUGAUACUGCCUUGACAACCACAUCUCCUCAGCAGAAGCUCCAAUCCCCUUAUUCUGUACAGCUUCAGCAGCAGCAGCAGCAACGCCUACCAGUGCAGCAGCAACUGCUGCAGCAGGGGCCCCACGGGCCAGCGGAUGCUGCGGCAGCAGCAGACGUGGAGAGCGAGCUGUCUCCCUACACGCAGAAAAAGCAGCAGCAGCAGCAGGAAUUGCAGCAGCAACAGCAGCAGCAGGGCCUGAAGCAGCAGCAAGAAUUACACGCGGAGCACCAGGGAGUGCUGCACCAGGGUGGCUUGCAGCAACAGCAGCUGCUGCUGCUUCCAGAGACCCAGCAGCAAACCUUGCUGCAGCAGCAGCAGCCACAGCAUCAUCGCCACCAACCAGAAGAGGAAACGCAUCGACUCACCCACCAAACAGGGGAGCAGCAGCAGCAGCAAUUACAGCAGCAGCAGCAACAACAACAUGAACUGCAGCCGCGGCCGCAGCAGGAAUUGCAGCAGCAUCAGCAGGAGCAGGAAGAGGAGCAGCAGCAGCAGCAGGAAUGGCAGCAGCAGCAACUGGAGGGAGCUCCACAACUAAGAGCAUCAGACAGUGGAGGCCUCAGGUGUAGCGACAGCAGCCCCCACUGCAUGCAGCCCCAAACCACAGCCAACACUGCAGCAGACAGAUGCCUUAUAAACGCCCCCGACGCAGCAGCAGCAGCUGCUGCUGCUGCUGCUGCUGCAGCAAAUCCUGGCGGCCUACAGACCGCUGGAAUGUAUGGGGGAGGCACGCAAACGGGUCCUACCCAGGAGGAGGAUGCAGCAGUGCAGCAGCAGCAGCAGCAGCAGCAGCAGCAGCAACAGCAGCGACAGUUGGUUGACCUGUGUACAGAUGAGCAGCAUGUGCAGGCCCUGGCGCAGAGAGAGCAGCAGCAGCAACAGCAGCAGCAGCAACGGCAGCAGCAGCUGGUGCUGCUGCAGCAGGAGACAGACGCACAGACCCCUGGAAGCCCAGAGGAGAUCCCCAAGGAGACAGAUUCAAAUGGUCUAUCGCAGCAGCAGCAGCAGCAACAGCAGCAGCAGCAACAGCAGCAGCAGCAGCUGCAGGAGCAGCAACAGCAGCUGCAGCAACAGCAGAUGUCCCUGCUGUCUAGCGAGUUACAGCAGAGGGGUCGGCUGCUGAUGCAGAAGCAGCUGCAGGAGGAGGAGCAGCAACACAGCAGCAGCAGCAACAACAGCAGCAGCAGCAGGGCUAUGAAUCACUGGUCUCCUUCUCCUGCUGCAGCAGCAGCAGCAACGUAUUGGAAUACCCUCAGGCUGGGGGCCCCCCAAAGGGCCUCCUCAGUACAACCCAGAUUAAUGAACACCCACAGAGGUCUACCAGCCCCUGCUGCUGCUUCUGCUGCUGCCGCUGCUGCAGAUACCUACAGAGGGCGUCCGUGCUUCGUGUCUCCCAGAGUGGGGCCCCUUGAAAGUGCUGCGGCACCUGCAGCAGCAACAAGAGCAGCAGCUGCAACAUCAGCAGCAGCAACACCAGCAACCCCGUUCCUUGCUGCUGCUGAAACGGAGAACUGCACAGGAGUAUUUCCUGCUGCUGCUGCUGCUGUGUCUCCUGCUGCUGCACCAGCUUCUGUUCCCCCCUCCACACACAUGCAGCUACAGCCCCGGCUUGCCACUGUUUGGAUGCCGCAGCAGCUGCCACUGCAACAGCAGCAGCAGCCGCUGCAGCAUAUGCAGCUGCCUCUGCAGCAGCAGCCGCUGCAGCAAAUGAAGCUGCCUCUGCAGCAGCAGCCGCUGCAACAGCUCAUGCAACAGCAACAGCUGCAGCAGCAGCAGCAUCUGCUGCUGCCAACAGUACGUCUGCCUUCGGUGCCUCCUCAGCUACCUGGGCCUUUAAUUGUCUCUCCUGGGGCCCCCGAGGCCCCGCCGCAGCUUCUGCUGCAGAUGAUGGGACAGGGGGGCGGUUGGAGUGUACGUACACCUCAGCAGCCCCUGUUAUAA